CCGCCCUGUUUACAUCCAGCACCGUUUCCGUCCCCUCCGGUCCCUCUCGGUCCUCUCCGGUCCCCGCUCUCCCUUCCCCGGCCCGGCCCAGCCCGAUCCGACCCAACCCGGCCGCCCUCCCUCCGCCCGCAGGGUCAAUGCGGCGCCGCCGCCCCGCCGCCUGUCCCCGGCCAUGGACACCAGCGACUUGUUCACCAGCUGCAAGAAGGGGGACGUGAGCCGUGUGAGAUACCUCCUUGAGCAGCGAGAUGUGGAAAUUAAUGUCCGAGAUAAGUGGGACAGUACGCCUCUGUAUUAUGCUUGCCUCUGUGGACACGAGGAGCUUGUACGCUAUCUUCUAGCCAAUGGAGCAAAAUGUGAGGCAAACACUUUUGAUGGGGAACGUUGUUUGUAUGGAGCUUUGAGUGAUGCCAUCCGACGUCUGCUGAAGGAGUACAAACAGAUCACAGCGAAGUGCAUGAAAAGAGACUACUACGAUGUCUUCCUACAGCGGUUGCUGGAGCAGGGUUACCAAAGCGACAUCGUUUUCAUUGUUCACGGCAAAUCCUUCUGUGCCCACCGCUGCAUUCUGAGUGCUCGCAGCGCCUACUUUGCAGAAAUGUUUGAGACCAAGUGGAAGGGGAAGAACAUGAUAGUGUUGAAGCAUCCACUGAUUAAUCCAGCAGCGUUUGGCGCUCUGCUGCAGUAUCUGUACACAGGUCGUCUCGAUAUUGAUGUAGAAUAUGUAAAUGAUUGCAAGAGAUUAGCCAAACAGUGUCGGCUGCAAGACCUCAUAGAUGACUUGGAGACCAAAUGUAAAAAAGUCUAUGAAUUUGUUUCUUCCAAGCCAGGGACCUGUGUGAAAGUGCUGACGAUUGAGCCCACAGGUAACUGCCGGCUGCAGGAAGAUCUGGCUCUUCUAGCAGACUGCGCCCUGCCAGCUGAACUGCGGGUUGGUUUUGGGGAGUUGCCGUUUGACAGCACCGACAACUUCAACAGUUGUUCUGACGUGUGUUUCCGGGUGGCAGAUUACAACUUCUUGUGCCAUAAGGCAUUUUUCUGUGGUCGCAGUGAUUACUUCAAAGCGCUACUUGAAGACCAUUUCUGUGAGAGUGAGGAGCUACAGACACAGCCCAGCAUCCCUGUGGUGACUCUCCACAACAUCUCAGAAGACAUCUUCAUCCGGGUCCUCUACUACAUCUACAGCGAUGAUACAGAGCUGUCCCCGGAAAAUGCCUACGACGUGCUGUGUGUGGCAGACAUGUACCUGCUGCCCGGGCUCAAGCGCCUGUGCGGCAGGACCUUGGCGCAGAUCCUCGAAGAGGACAACGUUGUCAGCAUCUGGAGGAUUGCAAAGCUGUUCCAGCUGACCCGGCUGGAGGACCAGUGCACGGAGUACAUGGCCAAGAUCAUCGAGAAGCUGGUGGAGUCGGAGGAGUUUGUGGCUGCUGUGAAGGAGAAUGCAGAGGCUGUGGAGGAGCGGCAGGAGACUGACUCCAUUCCCCUGGUCGAUGACAUUCGCUUCCACAUCACCAGCAAUGUGCAGACUUACAGUGCCAUCGAGGAAGCCAACCAGAAACUUGAAGCUCUGGAAAACCUCCUGGCCAGUAUAGGGCUUGAGUGCUGAUGUGUGCAAACCCUGCCUGUCAUAUGCAGCCUGCGUAACCCCCAGUGGGUUGGCUCGGAGUGCAAGAACAUCUGAGUCUCUGAAUGUUUCUUUUCCUCUACUUUGUCCUCCUUCCCAUCCACUUCCAGGCAUGGUUUCUUUUUAAUUUAUUUACGUCUGGACAUUUGCAUGUCUGGUUUGUGUUUGAUUUUAUUUUGGUUUUGUGUCUCCUUUCGGAAGUAGCUCCCAAAGUUCAGCCUAACUCAGUAGCUGCUGCUUUGUACGAUGCAAUGCUGAUAGGAGACUGCAAGCCGUGGGGGUGAGGGAGUUGCUCGGGGGGACUUGCUAUGCCUGGUGUUAAGAUCCAUCCUGUUCUGUUGCCCAAUAAUACACUGCUGAAACUGGUUCAUGCCAGGGUAUUUGCUGAACUGCCAGCAGCAGAGGAAGAAAACUGGAUUAAACUCUUCAAAUAAGUAUAUUAGAAAGAAGAUGGCCUUUCUUUCUUUCACUAUCAGCAUUAUGAGAUUGGCAAAGGUGAGCAGCACUUCCCUAACAGAGGGACAGAAGCACUUGGCUGUGUGGAAGCUGCUGUUUUCACCUGCUAUUCUAGUUAGGUGGAAAAAGCAAAAGUGAUUUCCAGGUCUUCCCUAGCUUUUCAUCGCUUUGAAGUGUUGUCAUUUGGAUUUCCACACUCAGAGGAGUGGAAAACCUCAGAUUUUUAAAAUAUCUGAGUUCCGACAGGUGGACAAUGUAUAUGCAAUCAGGAGGGGAAUACAGAGCAAAGAUUUGAUAUUUUCCUUGUGCUGCAUGGGAUGCACAACUUAAGAAUUUAAAAGCUUUGCUGAACAAACAUCUUUGGUAAUACAGAAGAGACCAGAGACCUUCCAUUCCUAGAAAGCAGUAGCUUUCGAUACAUAAAAAAGGGAGAGCGCCCCUUGACUCCCUAACAGAGGAAGGAAACAGCACUUGUUCUUGGAACCAGCACCUUUCUCUUUCUCUUGGUCCAUUGUGGUAGAGAAAAACUGACUUGCUGGUUGGGCUGGGGGAGAGGGGUCACCAGAAGUCUUCUGAGAAAGAAGGGGCCUUUUGGGUCUCUCAUGGUGCAGCUGUCCCACUCUUCAACCUUCUGGCUUUGCUCAGCCUUCAGCCUUGUAGGUUCAUUGUUCUCCAGGAAAUUCACUGUUUGUACUAAUGAAUGUUUUGCAAUCUAUGUUCUGCACUAGGUCAUGUUAUCUCUUCGUCUCAUUAGACUCCUAAUAAGGGUAAUGAGGUUAUUUCUCCUCAGCACCGACCAGCAGGUGAUAGCCCUGCACAAGUAGGCUGCCCUGAGAGCUGUUUAUCUCCAGAAUGGCAUGUUACCAGAGUCUCAGGUCUCCAGGGCUUGAGCCAGGCAUACUUUCAGUGCUGUGAGCUGGGAGGACAAAAAGCAUUGUGUGAAGCACAUAGGCAAUCUUGCACAGAUGGUGGGCUGCCAUCACCAGUACGUGUUGUCAUUUUGGUCACACCAUGCAGCAGGAGUUGAAAAUCCAUGACAAGUGUGCUUUUAGUGUUUGAGGUGAGGAUUGGGCAUGGGUUCCCUGCAGCUCCAGGGUCUUGUUUCCUAUAAUGGUGGUGGCACUACACACAGAUGAGGAAAGGGUUUGGAGAUGCAGUGUUUAGCAGGGACUUGCUAAAGUGCAGAUAUACUGGGAGGAUGGGUCUCCCUUCCCCGCUAAUCUCACCUGGUGAGGCACUCAUGCUCCUGCCAUAUGAGAACUGCAAACUCUGCCCCUGCCCAGAGCAUCUGCCCCUACAUGGCACAUGUUGCAGCUCACGCGGGCAGACUUUGGGCACUGCUUGCACUCAGCAGGCUGGGUUCAGCUGCAGUGAGAAGGUGGCACUGGGCUUAGCUGGUGUAUCCGAGAAGCUGGGAUUUGGCAAAAUCACGUCAGGACGGAGUUGCACUAACAGAAGCUGCAGACAGAGCUGGCAGAGCAGGAAUGAGGUGCAGUGCCACUAACUGGACCCCGGAUGCCCGUGCACUUUGUCAUCUGUGUUUAACUGGUUUCUCUUGCCCAGCAAGUCUCUUUGUGGUGGGAGAUAGUGGCUGCAUGGCUGCUUCAGUUCUGUUUCAAAAAGCUCGUGAGGACACAUACAGAGUUGUUGUGGUUUGCUUUCUGCAGUCAUACAAGGGUGGGGGAAAUGGGUGUGUGGGCGCAGGGCGUGUUGCUGUUUGGGAGCAGCAGGGGUGCAUCUGUUUGGGGUGGUGGCGUGGAGAGGAGCUGUGUGUGUGUUGUGUGAUGUGUGGAACGUGUCUGUGUCCCUCUCCAAGCUUAGUUUGGCUUUGACAAGACCACCAAAGAGACCAGCACAACUUGAACUGGUGAAGGCAUCUCAGUAGAUUUGAGGAGGGGAAUGGCUAUUUGGAAAGCUGGAAUAUGAAGCCCCAUAUAUUUGGGGAAAAGAAGGGUGGAAGAGCAGAACUGCCUGUUUUCUUGUUCAGUGAAGUGUCAGGGUCAUGAAGCCUGCACAGAAACAACCGUCAGCUUAGCCCAGCUGGUUCAGUUCCCCUGUGCAUCUCCUCCAUUUACGGCUGAAGAUGACACUGAACAUAAGCAGGAUGUUUAGUUGAUCACGUCCCUUCUGCUUCUCCCGCAUAAAUUCCCCAUCUGACAUCUCGGUAGGCAGCUUCCCACAGCAACGGUUGUGACAGCCCUGCACGAGGCUCGCACGGAGCCCCAGAGAGCAGAGCGUGGCCUUUGCCUUCUGCUUGUACCGAACAAGAUGUAGGCACAGGAUUACCGAGGAAUGUGCUCAUUCUUUUCUCCGCAGAUGCCUCAGCAGGAUGGAUGCUGGCAGUGGGCAAGGCGGGAGGGCAGCAGAGGAGGGGCAGCAGUGCUGGGAAGCGUUUUCCAUGUGGCUGCUCUUAAAUAAUUCCAUUCCCGUGUCCUUAAGUGUGGAACGAGUGAGGCUGCGGAUGGACACGUGGGAGGAAAGGUCAGCGUGGCCUUUUGAUCUGCUCCCCCAGCAGCCCCGUUCCUCACGGACCGCUGAGCAAACCCCUCGGCUGCCUGCGGCUGCUUCUGUGAGCCCUGCUGGAUCGGCCAAUUACCCGGGGUCCUUUAUCCCCCCCCACCCCUUUUGGCAAAACAGGGCUGUGAAAAAGCAUGCCUAAGCAGAUGGUCAGCAUGCAGGCAAGCUCUCUGGUUAACAUGAGCCAGGUCAAAAAGUAGAUCGGAAUUCACUUUAUUCUUGCUGCAUAUAAUUUUAUCACGAAAUAAAAAACUUAGGAUUUUUCUUCUGUUGCCGGCAUCCUUUUUGUGUUCUGUUGCCUCUGUCCUUUUAAUUUACUACUUGCCACUUGUCGAAUUAAGGAGAUUGUAAAGUUUAUCAGAGCAACAAUAUAUUUAAGAAGAAAUGUAUAAGCAUGUGUGCAGCAAUAAAAUAGUAUAUUUCACUAUA